AUGCACCUCCCCAAGUCUUCCCUAGCCUUUCUCCUUACUGUUGCGGUUUCUACUGCGGCUCUACCUCACAACUUACCACGCUCGAACAAUCCGACCUUACUUCAGGUGCGCGCUGAAGAUGCCUCUGGUCGGGCCAAGCCAGGCGCCUCCGCCAUCGGUCGCCGAGCCACCGAUAUCGUGGAUGACAUACGAGCACCCAUACACAGAGUCCGAGACGACGGCGCGGUGGCGCCGGAGGCUGUAAGUUCAGGAGACGUCGUCGCAGUGGCACCAAAAGGUGUUAGUUCGGGCGUCGACGAUACUGUGGCGCCAGAGGCUGUUGGGUCAGGAGCAGUCGACUCAGUCGUGCCUGAAAGUGUGGGUUCGGGAGCUGUCGAUGUAGCACCUGAAAGUGUUGGCUCCGGAGCUACCGACGUGGCGCCCGAAGGUGCUGGUUCGGGCGCCGAAAGCACAGCGAAAGGCAAUGCUGAGAACUUGCGAGGUGAAGCUGUGCCUAUCGAAACAGUACAGAAUGCGGACGCUACCCUCGGAGGAGCAGGGGAGGGUGUCGAUUCUGCCCUCGGCGGAGGAACGGGACAGAAUGCCGACGCUACCCUAGGAGGAGUAGGGGAGGGUGCCGAUUCUGCCCUAGGAGGAACAGGAGAGAGUGUCGAUUCUACCCUGGGAGGAACAGGACAGGGUGUCGAUUCUGCCCUAGGAGGAGGACCAGCACAGAAUGCGGACGCUACCCUCGGAGGAGUAGGGGAGGGUGUCGAUUCUGCCCUAGGAGGAGAAACAGCACAGAAUGCCGACGCUACCCUAGGAGGAGUAGGGGAGGGUGUCGACUCUGCCCUCGGAGGAGGACCAGCACAGAAUGCGGACGCUUCCCUAGGAGGAGCAGGGGAGGGUGUCGACUCUGCCCUCGGAGGAGGACCAGCACAGAAUGCGGACGCUACCCUAGGAGGAGCAGGGGAGGGUGUCGACUCUGCCCUCGGAGGAGGACCAGCACAGAAUGCGGACGCUACCCUAGGAGGAACAGGAGAGGGUGUCGACUCUGCCCUCGGAGGAGGACCAGCACAGAAUGCGGACGCUACUCUAGGAGGAACAGGAGAGGGUGUCGACUCUGCCCUCGGAGGAGGACCAGCACAGAAUGCGGACGCUACCCUAGGAGGAACAGGAGAGGGUGUCGACUCUGCCCUCGGAGGAGGACCAGCACAGAAUGCGGACGCUUCCCUAGGAGGCAGCGAAUCCGGGGCCCUUCCGAACCUCUCCAGUUCCCCGACGGAGCCGAAACUGCUCUGGGGCAGUAGUGAGUAG